AUGUGGAAGAUACUUGGCGGUGAUACCUACCACUACGAUUGGGCAUACCCAGAUCCUACUAUAAACUUGGAAUUUGACAGCAAAGCCGCUAAUGUUUCAAUGGGCGCAUAUCUUCGUGCAAUGACCUCCUCGAACUAUACACAAGCAGAAAAGGACCUGCAGGUGCGUGUUCCUAGAUACAUCAAUGUGAUCUUUCACGGUGUCGUCGAUAGCUUGCAGUCCGAUGUUAUGGUGAAUGACAGCGACACACCCGUUUGGUUGAGAUCGGUCGGGCUCAAUAACAACUCGCUCAAUAUUCAAUACAAUACUGCGAUGAACGCCAAGUCAGAAUGGGGAAUAGGAAUGACCUUGUUCGCUUUCCUUCUAGCCCCUCUGGCCUUUUAUAUCUAG